AUGGCUGCUUCCAGCACUGAGAAGGAGAGCUGCCUAUUCUUAUCUGAGUGGGAGUCCGCGCGGCACGAACACCAUUUGUGCCGCCGGAAGCAUGUGGAGAAGGAACUUCAUCGACAGCAGUUGCAGCUGCAGAGCGCGUUGGCGUCCUUGAACUCCUGGCUGGCUAUCCUGGAAUCCCGGCGGAAGCUGAACGAGGUGGCGGCCAGCGCGGCCGCCCAGGCACUGUCGGAGUUGGAGACUCGUUGGCGGCCGCUGCGCCUGGAGUUAGAUGCCGAAGUGGCUGGUUGGCUGCUGGGCGCAGAGCAGAGCUAUGCUGCGAAGCUGAGUGGCCAAGCCAAGCUCUGGGCAGCGGCGGCACCUGAAGGUGGCACCUCUCUGCGACAAAGGCUUCAGGCCUUGUCUGAGCACCUGGCUUCGCGUGUGGUGGCAGCCAUCCGACUUUGGGACGAGUCUCACCAGGCGGCUGAGCAAGCAUGGCAGAGCCAUCACGAACGAGUAGAAGAAGCGGCACGGGCCAUCUCGCAAGAAAGGGCGCCACCUGAUUCGUGGCUGAGUGAAGUGCAGUACCGCGAGCGCGCUCGCAAGCACGUCACGGAGCUUGGCUUGGUGGAGGAGCUUCUGCGGUCCAGCGCCGAGCAGCUGGAGACUUUGGAAGCGCAGCGCGCGGAGUAUUGGACCUCCUUGGCCGAGUCCUACCGAAGCUGCUGCGAUGACACGAGCAGCGACGUGCCCCGCUUAAAGCUUGGCUCGCUGGAGCCCGCGGCAACGCUGCCGCCGUUGCCCGACAUGCCGACGGCCUAUGGUGCCGUGCUGCAACGCGUGCCGGCCGCCAUGAUGACGCCCAGCGGGCUCUUUGGUCGUGGCAGCGAGUGGCGGGAGGGUGCAACAUUGGUCCUCACCAUUCAUGGAUACUUGCACCUCUUCUUGCCGGACCCCAAGGCCAAGAAGACGACUGAGAAUAGUCCGGAGGAGAACGUUCCUGAGCUGGUUGAGUCAGACGUCAAGGCAUCGGUGUAUGCUCCUCGGGCGACCAAGUGCGUCUUUCAGCGCCGUGGUCAGGAGCUGGUCGUCGACCUGGCUGAGCAGGAGCCCGAGCCCGCCACCCCCGAUGCGAGUCCGCCCGCCGGCGGCGGCGCGGCCGGCGUGCUGCGGAAGUGGUGGGGAGGUAAGGGCGACGAGGCACCGCUCCGCCGCAUCCACGCACGGGUCUCCGACGCGCAGCAGUUCAGCGAGUUGGAGACCCAUUGCCAUACCUUCGUGCGACGGGGACAGGCAUUGCGGAGUGCCAGCGGGUCGCCCACCGGAUAUGCCGGUCAAGGGUGA